AUGAAGCUUGACGUGACUUCCAUGCGCUACCUGACGAAGGAACAUUUUCGCGUGCUCACAGCCAUUGAGAUGGGAAUGAAGAAUCACGAAGUAGUUCCCGUGGAACUGAUCACCAGCAUCGCCAAAUUACGUCAUGGUGGUAUCCAGAAAAUUUUGUCGCACCUGCUUCGCAAUAAGCUUAUUGCACACGAUGGAAAUGCGUACGAUGGCUAUCGUCUCACAUACAGCGGCUACGACUUUCUGGCAUUGCGUGUGUUUCUGCAACGCGGCCACAUCAUGGGCUUAGGCCGCCAGAUCGGCGUUGGCAAAGAGUCUGACAUCUACUUGGCAACGCAAGGGGACGGCACUGAGGUUGCCAUUAAAUUUCAUCGUCUCGGGCGCACAUCAUUUCGCGCCGUCAAGUCAAAGCGAGACUAUCUCAAGAGCCGCAAGUCAGUCAGUUGGUUUUACAUGUCGCGACUUUCGGCAAUGAAGGAGUAUGCUUUUCUGAAGACACUUUAUGACCGUGAAUUCCCGACGCCAACUCCUAUUGACUGCAAUCGUCAUGCCAUUUGCAUGAGCUUGGUUGAUGGCUACCCGCUUAAUCAAGUGCGCCAACUUGCCAACUCAAAAAAUGCAUACGAAAUGUCGAUGGCUAUUGUGGUGCGGCUUGCCGAGUAUGGACUGGUGCACUGUGACUUUAACGAGUUUAACAUCAUGAUUGGCAACGAUGGCAAGAUCACAAUGAUUGAUUUUCCACAGAUGAUAUCAACGUCGCAUCCAAACGCUGCUGAGCUGUUUGAUCGUGAUGUGCACGGCCUUGUCAAGUUUUUUUCGCGAUUGCAAGGCGGUGCCUACACACCUGAUCGUAUUCCAAGGCUUAAAGAUAUUGUAGCAGAUGAGAACGUUCGUUUGGACGAAGAUGUGGAAGCAAGUGGUUUUGGCAAAGAGUUCGGCGAGAAAGUGCAUGAUCUUUCGAUUUUCUCAGCUCAUCAAAACCUUGACGAAAGUGAUGAUGACGGUUUUAGCACUGAAGAAGAAGGGGAAGGUGGAGAUGACGUUGCAAAAGUACACGAGCUUGAAAUUGGUGUCGAAGCCACAACACUUGACAGCCAAGCCGAUGAACUUACUAAUGACUACGGAUAUGAUGACGUUGAGGAUACACUAGACGCAUCAGCUCUGGAAAGCGAGUUUAUAAAGCAGCGUGUGCAGCGUGACCGACAGGUUCGCCAAAAGGGCAGCGGCAAGCGGCGAUCGCGGAACUUUUCCAAGCUCAGCAUAAAGGGUAAACUUUACCACAAGAAUGAUUGGUAA